AUGGGCAGAAAAUUGAAAGGAAAGGCCAAUCCCAAGGGCCUGAAAGGAGCCCUGCUUCGGCAUCAAGCUAAUGAGCAAGCGCAGAAAAAGGUAAAAUCAAAAGCCGAUCACUCUCUUCAUAAGCAAAAGCCCACGAAAGCAAGCUUGGAACAGCGGGAAUCGCAACGUGAAACAGCCGCCAAAAUUAUUCCGUUUGCUUCAAAUAGCACACUUCUACUGGUGGGUGAAGGUGACUUUUCGUUCGCCAGAUCAAUUAUCUCUCAACAUUACAUCGAGCCUGAAAACUUGCUAGUGACAAGUUUCGACAAUUCUCCCGCCGAAUUGAAGCUGAAGUACCCCAAGAGUUUCGAAGAAAACUACGAGUUUCUCACGCAAGCUGGUGUUCAAGUUUUCUUUAGAAUUGACGCAACCAACCUUAUCAAAUCGUUCAAAAUCAGUAAAAAAACCACUUGGUCGAAAAUAGCAGGCCAAAAAUGGGCGACCAAGCCGCUGGAGGGUAUACUGUUCAAUUUUCCACACACAGGAAAAGGCAUCAAGGACCAAGAUAAAAAUAUAAGAGAUCACCAAGAGCUCGUUUUAGGAUUUCUUCAAAGUUGCAAGCAGUUCUUCAAAGCUGUAAAUCAGACCGCCAUAAGUGGGUCGACCUCGAAUUUUUCCCAAGGUUAUACGAUGAACGAUGAGGCGGCAACAAACAAGGUAUCGAGCGAAGGGUACGGCAAGGUUUUCCUUACUGUAUUUACCGGUGAACCGUAUGAUUCUUGGCAGAUAAAGAUUAUGGCUAGAACAGGAGGAUGGAAGGUGGAACGAUCCGGCAACUUUCAGUGGGCAAAUUAUCCCGAGUACGCCCAUAAACGCACGAAUAGUGAACAGGACACAACUAAGCCCGCGGCGGAAAGAGACGCUCGAACCUAUGUUUUUGAAAUAUUCGACAAGCACUCCAAGGCUUCUAAGAAACGAAAGGGUACCGACAGCGAUGAGGAUUGA